UUCUUAUCAUUGCUGCUCAUUUUCUUUUGGUUUCAGUUUCACUUCUUCGCUCACUCUCUCUUUCUCUCAGUCUUCAUUCGCUGCUACUUUCUCUCUCCAACUCAAUUCAACCAAACAAGUGAUAUUAGGAAUGAUCGGCUAUUUUACUUAAUUUUUAGGUGGGUGUUUGGAUAGGAAGAAAAUAUGUCUUCGCUGAACAGAGAAGCUGUUUUUCUGAUACUUCAGUUUCUGGACGAAGAGAAAUUUAAGGAGACUGUUCACAAGUUAGAGAAAGAGUCGGGGUUUUACUUCAAUAUGAGGUAUUUUGAGGAAUGUGUCACCAAUGGUGAAUGGGACGAGGUGGAGCAGUACAUCUCUGGGUUUACUAAGGUCGAUGAUAAUAAAUUUUCAAUGAAGAUUUUCUUCGAGAUUCGAAAGCAAAAAUACCUUGAAGCACUUGAUAGGCAUGACCAUGCUAAAGCGGUGGAGAUUCUUAUGAAGGACUUGAAAGAGUUCUCUAAAUUUAAUGAAGGGAUUUUCAAGGAAAUGACACUGCUUCUAAACUUGGGAAACUUUAGGGAGAAGGAGCAGCUAUCCAAGUAUGGGGAUACUAAGUCAGCAAGAGCUAUAGUGCUUGCUGUGCUAAAAAAGUUGAUUGAGGCAAAUCCACUUUUCCGUGAUAAGCUUCAAUUUCCCACCUUAAAAAACUUGAGGCUGAGGACAUUAAUCAAUCAGAGCUUAAAUUGGCAGCACCAUCUCUGCAAGCGCCCAAGGCUCAACCCUGACAUCAGAACUCUUUUCGCGGACCACACUUGCUUAGAAUCACCUUGUGCUUAUCUUCCCGUAGCAAUUCUAGCAGAUUCCAUUCCAAAAAAUGGAGAUAGCCGAAGCCUGCCAGAUGCAAGAUUAAAAUAUUCUGAUGAAGAGAUAUCUAAGGCUUGGAAGCUGACUGAACUCAACAAACCAUCUCAGCUUCGUUCCUUGCGGCUUCCUGACUGCCACUUGCCUGUAAGGAUUAUUGGAUUGACAUAUACACACAUGGGAGGUGCCAUUUUGGCAUUAGCAUUUAAUGCUGUACACAAACUUUGGAAAUGGCAGACAAGUGAUGGGAAGGCAACUUCUAGUGUGCCACCACAAUUGUGGCAACCGCCCAAUGGAAUAUUAAUGACCAAUGAUAUAAGUGACACACGUCUUGAAUGUGCUGUUCCAUGUUUUGCUCUUUCGAAGAAUGAUUCUUAUCUUUUGUCAACGUCUGGCGGAAAAUUUUCCCUUUUUAAUAUAACUACAUUCAAGACAAUGACAACAUUCAUGUCCCCACCACCAGCGGCAACAUCUGUUGCUUUCCACCCAAAUGACAACAACAUUGUUGCCAUAGGCUUUGAUGAUUAUUCGAUUCAUAUCUACAAUAUCAGAAUUGAUGAGGUCAAAAGCAAGCUCAAAGGUCAUCAGAACAGAGUAACUGGCCUAACCUUUUCUAAUGUUUUAAAUGUUCUUGUAUCAUCAGGAGCUGAUGUUCAGUUGUGUGUGUGGAGCAUGGAUGGAUGGGAGAUGCAUACUAGAAAAUUCUUGUAUAUUCCCCAUGGACGUGAAUCAUCAUCUCCUCUUGCACCAACCGGUGUUCAAUUUCACCAAGAUCAGAUACAUGUACUGGCUGUCCAUGAAACUCAAAUAGCCAUAUAUGAGGCACCAAGGUUGGAUUGCCUUAUGCAGUGGUUUCCUCCAGAAUCAAGUGGUUUAGUCACAGAUGCUACAUAUUCAUGUGAUGGCCAGUUAAUCUACGCAAGCAUUAAAGAUGGUAGUGUGUGUGUCCUUACUGCCACAACCCUCCAACUGAGGUCUAGGAUUACUCCUGCUGCAUAUAUACCUCUUAAUCCCAGGGUUUAUCCAGUUGUUAUUGCGGCUCAUCCGUCUGAACCUAAUCAAUUUGCAAUUGGACUCACUGAUGGUGGAGUACAUGUUAUUGAGCCCCCAGAAUCAGGGGGAAGCUGGUGUGUCGCACCUCCACUCGAAAGUGGUGUUGGUCCUAGUGUCAACUCUGCGCAGCUGGUUCAGGAUGAUUCAGGGCUUUAACUAAUGAGCAUGCCCACAUCAAUUUUAUAGACCCUUUUUUAUUCCAAAAGGGAACUGCAAAUAUUUAGGUUUUUUAGGUGCUCAGAUGAUAAAGCUUUCAUCAACCAGUGGUUUAAGACUAGAAAUUCUUCCAUAGUUCAAUACAUACAAAAGAAAAUGUACAGUAGUGUUGAUAUUACGAUAGAAGAGGCAUAGAGGAGAGCAGUUAUUAGGGCAGAGGGAGACAUAUUUACCUCUUAAAAUAAUACUGAAUAAUAAUCUUGAAUGUUUAGGAACUCAGCAAAAAAUUUUCAUGAUAGUGGAAGGUAUUGAUUGAACUUAUUAACUUAUUUAGUUA